AUGGAUGAAAAUGUUAAAGCUAAAAUUAUUGAUAUUGCAGUAUUUGUACUUAAUGAUUGUAUAGGUGAUAUUAUUGAUGAUAUUUUUGGAUAUAAAGCAUUAAUUAAAUGGAAAAGAAUAGUUGUUAGUAUGCCAUCAAUAUUACCUCAAUCUAUUCCUAAAUGGAUAAAUAUAAAAAAUGAAAAAAUUAAUAAUGUAAAAUGUAGAAUAUAUGAACCAAAAGAAAAGAAAAGUAAUAGAUUAAUAAUAUAUAUUCAUGGUGGUGGAUGGGCUAUUUUACGACCCCGUGAUUUUGAUUGUGUUUUACUACCUAUUAUUGAAAAAGAAAAAUGUAUGGCUAUAUCAAUUGAUUAUUCACGAUCACCAGAACAUACAUAUCCAGUUGCUGUAAAUGAAUGUUGGGAUGUAUGUGAUGCUGUUUUAAAUAAGUCUGCUUUAAGUAAAUAUAAUAUUAAUCCAGAUAAGAUUACUAUUAUGGGUGAUAGUGCAGGGGGAUCUAUGGCUGCUGUUGUUUGCCAACGUGCUAUUAAAAGUGGUAAUAGAAAAUUUUAUAGUCAAAUUUUGAUAUAUCCUUGCACAAAUAUGAUUGAUUAUCAAACUCAUAGUCAACUUGAAUUUUAUCAUAAAGGUUUGUCUGGAGAUAAAUUUUUAACACCAGUUACAAUGGCAAGAUAUGGAUUAAUGUAUCUUGGUGUUGCUCCAACAAAAGAAAAAAUUUUACUUAUGAAUGAGAAUCGUCAUAUAUGUGAAGAGUUUUUUAAAAAUGAAGAAUUUAGAAAAUGUUAUAAUUUUGAAUAUUUACCAGAUGAGUAUAAAUUAUAUACAAGACUUGAAUCAAAAUCUGAAAUUACUUCAGAUUUUCUUCAAAUGAAAAAAGAUGUUUUUCAACAUUUAUUAGAUCCUGACUUUUCACCAUUAUUUUCUUCACCUGAAAUUUUUCAACAAAUGCCAAGAAGUUUUGUUCUUACAGCUAAUGAUGAUAUUUUACGUGAUGAUGGAUUAAUGUAUGGAACAAAAAUAAAUCAUCAUGGAGGAAAUUGUCUUCUAAGAAAUUAUAUUGAUGCACGUCAUGGUUGCAUGAAUUUACCAUUUAAUAAACAUAAAGAAUACAUGAUAUCUGAUAUUAUUGACUUUUUAAAAGAAUUACCAAAUAAUUAA